CGGAUCCCGGCAGCAGCUGCAGCGGCUCUCCUCUCCUCUGGCUCUGUUUGCCUUACUCCUUUCGCUUCCAGAAACAUGGCCUCUGGUGUGGCUGUCUCUGAUGGUGUCAUCAAGGUGUUCAAUGACAUGAAGGUGCGCAAAUCAUCAACGCCAGAGGAGGUGAAGAAGCGCAAGAAGGCAGUGCUCUUCUGCUUGAGCGAAGAUAAGAAGAACAUCAUCCUAGAGGAGGGCAAGGAGAUCCUGGUGGGUGAUGUUGGCCAGACUGUCCAUGACCCCUAUGCCACCUUUGUCAAGAUGCUGCCAGACAAGGAGUGCCGCUAUGCCCUCUAUGAUGCAACUUAUGAGACCAAGGAGAGCAAGAAGGAGGAUCUGGUUUUUAUCUUCUGGGCCCCCGAGUCUGCACCCCUUAAGAGCAAAAUGAUCUAUGCUAGCUCCAAGGAUGCCAUCAAAAAGAAGCUGACAGGGAUCAAGCAUGAA